UAUCGACAUCGUGUGUCGGUAGUGUCGGUAGUCGGUAUAUUUUGAAAAAUUUAUGCUAUGCCCUUACCACACUACCACAGAUGUAUAAAAACAACUUGUUUUGGCCCUUACCUAAUCGUCCUAAUCUACCUGCCCGGUGUCUCGUAAGUCAUAAGUUCUCACUUUACAAUUUACACUUUACAUCGUGUUUCUUGACUUGUUUCGUCUAUAAGAUAUUAAAUGUAAUAAAUGUAUACCUACAGUGAAAUUAUCGAAAUAACUUUUAUUUAGUUAAUAUUAUUCGUUUAAUUAAAUUUUUCAUAAAAAAAAUACAUAAAAGUGACUUCUAAUCAACUAUUUGUUCAAAAUUUAUAAAUUUUUCAAUCGUCAUUCUUGUAUUUACUUAAUCUAUACUACAUUUAUGAAUGUCUACUAUUAAUUUUAAAUUAUAUUAAAUACACAAGUAAUUGGAGUAUUUUUUUUUAAAAAUGCGUAUUAAAUUAAACCUUUUGCAACUGACACCAGAUAGGAGUCCAGCCGUUUACUGGCUCUAUGUAGACAAGUCUUGUAUUACAUCAAUAAAACAACUUAAAGAAAAAGUACAAAAAGUGUUAAACGAACUUCGUGAUAUAGAAUUAUGUUACGAUAAUGUACCAUUUCUGGAUGAAGAUGAUAUCAAUGCAAUUAAUGCUAAUGAAGAAAUAGCGGUUAUAGUGAAAAAAAGUAAAAAUAUUCAUCAUGAACCAAAAUAUACUCAAGCCGAAUCAAAUAUUAUAGAUGUUGAUAUGGUUCCUAAUAUUGCCAAUGGAGUUUUGUCCCUUUAUCGUGAAGUAAUUGAAGAACCCAAUAAUGAUAUUGAAAAUUCAACUUCAUCUACACUAUUAAAAAAUCCUAAGAAAAGAAUACGCAAGAGAACACAUAAAAAAAAUAAAAAAAAUAUUGAACCUGUUGAAAAUGAUUAUGUGGGUACUUUAUCUGAGACUUCUAUUGUAUCCUCAAAGGAAGUUUGUAAAAUGCACAAACGUUUUAAAUUAGAUAAUGCAGAAAACCUUCAAGAAGAUAGUUCUCCUUCCAUACAAUCUGAAGAAGAAAAACUUGAAGUAACAAGAGAAGUUUUUCGUUGUGAUUCAUUAGCGACUCCAACUCUCAAUUCCAAAGAACAAAAAAGUAUAAGUCUUCCUAUUUGGAAAAAUGAAAACCAAUUAAAUAUUAAAUUCCAUAAAGUUCCAGUAUUUGUACGUGGUCAAAAAUGUACACCUAUAACUUCUACACAAAAUAAUAGUUAUACUGAAAAUGAAAACAAUAAAUCUAGUGAUAGCAUUACAAGUGAAAUUUGUGAUAUGUUAGUAGUGGAUUGGAAGAACAUGUCUCAGAUAAAAAUAACAAAUAUUACUGAGUUACAAAUUUCUGAUUUAUUACAAUUCAAAAUUAUGUCCAUGAAUGAAUGUGGUGAACCGCAUUUAUCAUCAGUUAUAACUGCACGUCUAGAUCACAUUUAUAAAUGUACAUUACAUAUUCAAGUACUUUCUGGUAUAAAAGAAUUUAUGACAAUUAAUCCAAAAUUCAAAAUGGAUGAGGAAGAAGAUAUUGGAACUCAACGUGAAGUCGAAUUUGAUGAUCUAUUUGAAAUUUAUAAACUUGUUUAAUCUGUUGCUUGUUUUUAUUUGUAUAAUGUUAUUAUCAACUUCUAAGUGAAUUGUACAUGUUUUAUAUAAAUUGAUAUAAUAUUAUAAUAAAUAAUGUUCUUUAUUUUUAACUAUAAAUAGUAUAAAAAGAUUUUUAUUUUUUA